AUGUAUUAUGAACUUGAUAAGGAAAUAAGAAGGAAGGAAUACAACAACAAGGUAAUACAACUAAAGAAACAACAAAAAGGAUACAUUGAAUCAGUUAGAGAGGAUGGUCUAAUGGAUAAAGGCGAAUGUCAAGCAAUGAUUGAAGAAUUCAAAGCCGACAUCAGAAAAGCCAGAAAGGACCUGGACCUAGAAUACCAAGAUAUAUCCAAUGAACCUGCGAUCUACCAUGUGCACCUUGUAACCGAACCUUCAACCUAUCAUCAAGCCAUGAACAGCGACGAUCAAGACCUAUGGAAGAAGGCGAUACAGACUGAAAAAGACGCCCUUGACAAAGCCCAUACCUGGGACAUUGUCAACCGACCAACCAACCGAGCAGUAGUCAAAGGGAAGUGGGUAUUCAAAGUCAAACACAACGCGGACGGAACAAUCGAGUGGUACAAAGCAAGGUACGUUGCUAAAGGCUUCAUCCAAGUACAGUACCAAGACUGCGAUGAGACCUUCGCCCCCGUUGCACGAUAUGAUUCUCUACGACUCCUACUGGCACUAGCUGCACACAACGGUUGGAUACCACAACAAAUGGACGUCAAGUCAGUCUUCCUGUAUGGUGUACUCAAGGAGGAAAUCUACAUGGAACUGCCUGAAGGCUACAGGCAGGACAACAAGGUUUGUAAACUUCGAAAAUGCAUAUACGGACUAAAGCAAUCACCCCGUGAAUGGUAUGCUUGCCUAGCAGACUCCCUUCAACGGAAAGGAUUCGUCCCAGCCAAAUUCGACCCAUGUGUCUUCAUACAUAAGAACCACCAUCUAUACAUAUCGGUGUAUAUAGAUGAUAUCAUGAUAUUCGGACCCGACUCCCCAUUCAGAAAAGAAAUCAGACAACUACUCAAGGCAGAUUUCGAAUGUACGGAUCUCGGUAACUCGAAGUUCAUACUGGGAAUAGAAAUAACGGUAACCAACAACGGUAUCACGCUAUCACAACGCGCAUACAUCAACAAGAUCCUGGAUAAAUUUGGAAUGAGUAACUGCAAACCAGUUGGCACACCACUCGAACCGAACCUCAACCUUCACAAAGGCGAACCGGAAGACCAAAUCGAGAAACCAACUGAGUACCAAUCCAUAAUAGGAUCACUGAUGUACGCGAGUAUAGCUACCAGACCUGAUAUCAUCCAUGCCGUUACCGCUCUCUCACAGUACUCCUCAUGUCCAACCGAGGACCACCUACAAGCAGCAAAGCGAACUCUCCGAUACCUCAACGGAACCAAAGACUGGAACCUGUUCUACCCGAAGGGGAAUACUAGAACACUCGACGGAUUCUCAGACAGUUCCUACGCUUCAGACCUAGAUGACAGAAAAUCGUUCUCAGGAUACGUGUUCAGACUAGGGAAGUCAGCCAUCAGCUGGAGAAGCCGGAAGCAGAAAUCAGUCGCAGUCUCAACAACAGAAGCCAAAUACAUGGCCCUGUCCCUCGCAGCUCGACAACUCGUAUGGAUUCGUAAUGCCUUGCACGAACUCCAACAACAAUACCAGUACUUCAUACACGCCGACAAUACAGGUUCUAUCGAACUCUGUCGGAACCCACGUAUCCACGACCGGUCCAAGCACAUCGACGUUCACUACCACUACACACGUGAACAACUCGAAGCCGGAACCUUCGAAAUCCUCUACGUCCCUACCGAGGACAAUGUCGCGGACAUAAUGACCAAAGGACUACCAAAACCAGCUCACCAAAAAUUGUCAGAAUUGAUACGAUGUGGCAAGUGA